AUGAGCACAAAACAGAAGUUUACAGAUUAUCUCCUAGAGAAAUAUGCAUACGACUUCAAGCUAGCUACGCAACAUGAAUUCCUCAAACAGUCCGGAGAGGGAAGUAUAAAUUCGGAAGUGUUGAAAGAAUGGUUGAAGCAGGAUUAUCUUUUUGCUUAUGAGGGUGGUAUCAAGUAUACUGCUGCUCUUCUCUCCAAAAUCACCCUAUCACCCUCUUCUUCUGCCAUCCGACCCUUCCCCGCAUCCGACCUAGUUCCCAUCUUAAGUUGGUCAGCCACGAACCUCCUCCGUGAGACAGACUGGUUCCUAUCCGUAGCAUCCCAACACGGCUUGGAGGUAUUCGACGAUAAACCAAGAGAAAGGGAUAUGAAUAAGUAUGGUCUGUUGGGGGAAUACAGUCCAGUUACAAGAGGUUAUAUAGAUUAUUUGCAGGUUAUAGGAGCGUUAGGUAGUAUAGAAGAAGGAAUGAUGGUUCUCUGGGCAAGUGAGAAGAUAUACAACUCCGCCUGGAUCUACGCCAAAACCUUCUCACACCUUAACAGCUCUUCUGACGAGACUCAAAAAGCUUUAAUCAAAUUCUGCGAUAACUGGACGACACCUGAGUUCACAGAGUUUGUGAAGCGAUGUGAAGAUGCUAUGAAUAAGUUCGACAUUGAGCUGGGAAGUGAGGUCGCGGAGAGAUGUGAGAAGGCAUUCAAGACUAUUCUUUGGUACGAACAACGAUUCUGGCCAUCUGUCGAGACCAAGUAG